AUGUGUGGAAUCCUCUUUUCUAUCAGCAGAAGCGACUCGAGAAACAAUCCGCACAAUAGCCGGUUUAACAGGCUCCUCUCAAAACUCCAAGCAGCGACUAGCUCACGAGGGCCUGACGCGCAAGAUGUCAUUUAUACCGACGUGCAGGAGCUGACUUUGACUUUCUGUGCCUCCGAACUCCGUUUGAGAGGCGACGCCUUCAUCAAGCAACCGCAUACAGAUGAUACUGGUAACAUCCUAUGCUGGAAUGGUGAGGUUUUUGAGGGCUUAGACGUUGGUCCGGACGAGAACGAUGGAGCGAAGCUUUUUUCUUCCUUGACAAAUGCGAAAGACUCAGAAGAGGUGACCAGAAUAUUCGGUAACAUUGAAGGACCCUAUGCCUUUCUGUUCUAUCAGAAAGCAUCACGAAAAUUAUUCUUUGGAAGAGAUCCCCUUGGACGACGAUCACUUCUGAUUCACUACCCUAGCGAAUUAAGUCCGUACUUUCUGCUAGCAUCUGUGUCUGCGGGCUUGGAUGCCGGGUACGCUCUAGAAGAAGUAUCGACGGAGCAUAUAUGCUCUUUAGAUCUCUCAAGCUUGGUCAAACGCGAUAGCGCCCGACCCUCUGCCAUCGAACGUAGUAUCCCUGAUGAUCCGCCUAGACCGCAAAGCCUAGAUGAUAUACCACCGCAUCUAUCUACAGCUGUAGACGACCUGAUCUCUCAGCUAGAACGCAGUGUAAUGCUUCGUGUUCGUGACAUUCCUCGUAGAGGUACAGUACCAGGUCAAGCUCGAGUUGCCGUGUUCUUCAGCGGCGGUAUAGACUCUACUAUGAUUGCAUUCCUAGCUGACAGACAUGUCGCUCCCGACGAACCUAUCGACUUGCUUAACGUCGCAUUCGAGAAUCCUCGGAAGAUCGCAGUGAAAGUCGAGGGCAACAUCUACGGUCUUCCCAAACGAGAGAAGAAGCAGAAGCUCCGGGAUCCUUUAGACUACUCCACGGUGAAGGUCACCUACGAUGUCCCAGACAGGCUCACAGGCCUGCAGGAGGUGGAAGAGCUGAGGCGACUAUGUCCGAAACGGACAUGGAACUUCCUUGAAAUCAAUGUACCAUAUGAGGAAUCGCAAAACGCGCGCGCAGCUGUGGAAGCUCUCAUGUUUCCGUCCAGGACAGUCAUGGAUCUCAGCCUAGCCAUUGCUCUGUAUUUUGCCGCGCGGGGUGUAGGGCAGAUACGCUCGCACCCAGGUGCAGAGCCACAGCCAUAUACUAGCCCAGCUCGAGUCCUCCUCAACGGAUUAGGUUCAGACGAAUUGCUCGGCGGAUACGGUCGACAUCGUACAGCGUUCAAGGCGGCAGGUUGGCAAGCGGUAAUUGACGAGCUUCAACUCGAAAUCGAUCGCAUACCCACAAGGAACUUGGGAAGAGACGAUCGCGUCAUAUCGUCCUGGGGAAAGGAAACCCGCCAUCCGUUCCUCUCGUUGUCUGUCGUCAACUUCCUCGCGCAAUUGCCGGUUCAUCUAAAGCUGGAUCCUCGACUGGAAGCCGGUGUUGGCGAGAAGUUGCUAUUACGGCUGGCCGCGCGUAAAGUAGGACUCGUGGAGGCGAGUGGGAGGAAGAAGAGGGCGAUGCAGUUUGGCAGUCAUUCUGCGAGGAUGGCACCAGGCGAAAAUGAUGGGAAAGGAGACCUCUCGAUAGAUACUAGAUAG